AUGGAGGCUCUUACGAAGUCUCUUGUCCGUCCGCCGCUAUGCGCCUCGGCGUCGCUUUCCAGCCAGCAGUCAGUCGCCGUCAAAUCGUCCUCUCGCGGCGGAUCCUCGUCUUCGUUACCGUCAGUUUCCAAGGCCGUUCCUCUGACCGCAAACCGCUCCUCAUCGAGCCGCACCGUCAGGACUUUCGCGCUUCCGAGCGAUGAUGACGCCAUCGCCUUAAAUUCCGGAAAGAGUCUGGAGGAGCUCGAGGAGACGAUUCGCCGAAUCGCGGAGGAGAACGAGCAGCUACGAGCUCGAGCCGCGGCCGCCGCGGCCAAUGCGCGCCGCGCCGAGACCGCCUUUAAAGGGGAUGUCGACGUGUCAAGGCCGCGCUUGGGCGCCGUGCCGCCGCCGCCUCCGCCGGAGUACGCGGCAGCGCCUGUGGUCGAAUAUUUGGAUACGACUGUAGGGGGAGUGCCUGCAGAGGAGGUUGCUGCAGUCGAAGCUGAAUACCUCGUCGAAGAGGCAGAGGCGGAGGGCGCGCGGAGCUGGCAGGAGGCGGUGGCGGCGGCGGAGGAGCAGGAGGCCGCCACGUCAGCAGCGGCGGAUGGCAACCCCGAGAUUAUCGCAGCAGGCGGGAUCGAGCCCGUUCAGAAGACGGAUAACCCCAUGAGCAUUGUGUUUGUUGCAUCCGAGGUAGCUCCCUAUUCCAAGACGGGCGGGCUGGCGGACGUGGUGGGGUCGCUGCCCGUAGCGCUGGCAGCGAGGGGGCACCGUGUGAUGGUGGUGGCGCCGCGCUACAUGAACGGCGUCACUGACAAGCUCUACGCGGGGGCCUUCGACAUGCAGUGUCGCAUCAAGUGUUUCUGCUUCGAGGGUGCGCACGAGGUGGCCUUCUUCCACGAGUUCAGAGACGGCGUUGACUUUGUAUUUGUCGACCAUCCAUCGUACCACCGCCCCGGCACGCCCUAUGGCGAUCAGAACGGCACGUUUGGCGACAACCAGUUCCGCUUCACGCUGCUGUGCCAUGCGGCGUGCGAGGCCCCCCUGCAGCUGGAGCUGGGCGGGUUCACGUACGGGGAGAAGGUCUUAUUCAUUGCCAACGACUGGCACGCGGGGCUGCUGCCCGUCCUGGUCGCAUCCAACUACCGCCCCCACGGCGUCUACAAGGAUGCUCGCACCAUCCUUGCCAUCCACAACCUCUCCCACCAGGGCGUGGAGCCAGGCUACACGUUCGGUGGCCUGGGAGUGCCGGGCGAUUGGUACGGGGCGCUCGAAUGGGUGUUUCCCGAGUGGGCGCGCAAGCACGAGUUGGACAAGGGCGAGGCGGUGAACAUCCUCAAGGGGGCCAUUGUGACUGCCGAUAGGAUCGUGACAGUCAGCCCGGGCUAUGCCUGGGAGAUAACAACAGUUGAGGGCGGGUGGGGACUGGAUGGGCUGCUCCGGGGGCGAAGCUUCGUGCUCAAUGGAGUGACCAACGGGGUUGAUGUGGUGGAUUGGAACCCUGCUACAGACAAGCACAUUCCCUCGCAGUACACCGCUGCUGAUAUGGCCGGCAAGGCAGCAUGCAAGGCGGCACUGCAGCAGGAGCUGGGUCUGCCUGUCCGACCUGAUGUGCCUCUGAUUGGGUUCAUUGGGCGACUGGACUGGCAGAAGGGCCCGGAUGUGAUUCAGGCAGGAGUGCCAGAGCUCAUGACAGAUGACGUGCAAUUCGUCAUGCUGGGCAGCGGAGACGCGGAGUAUGAGUCGUGGAUGGCCUGGGCAGAGGGCGAGUAUCGCGACAAGUUCCGCGGCUGGGUGGGCUUCUCCGUGCCCGUGGCUCACAGGAUAACUGCGGGCUGUGACAUCCUGCUCAUGCCGUCACGCUUUGAGCCGUGCGGGCUGAACCAGCUGUAUGCCAUGCGAUACGGCACCAUCCCUGUCGUUCACGCCACUGGCGGGCUGAGGGACACGGUUCAGGACUUCAACCCGUUUGCCAACGAGGGCUUGGGCGCUGGUACAGGAUGGACCUUCUCGCCCCUCACCAAGGAAGCCAUGAUGGGG